AUGAAUAACCGAAGCCCUUAUAUUUAUAUCCACCGGUUGUCAUCUGAGCUUCUCUCCCAGCUGCAAGAGCGCCGCAAAAUGCGAAACACCAUCGGCCGUGCAGCCACAGUCGCGAGAGAAUCCCAGUCAGGGAACGGGAGGCUCACGAAGAACACCGUGACAAGUGGAAAUGUAUGCGCCGCUGCGGCAUAA